GCCCACGAGCACUGCUGCGCUCUAGCGGGGAAUUCUCCAACCUCAGUCAUUCGAGAUGGAGGUGUGAGGUGCGGUGGUUUCUAUUCCGCGGACCUUUGAAUGGCUAGCCUAAACCGACACUUCACAUCUUCCGCGACUUAACGAGCUCGACCGAGGUUUCCACCUCUAACGAUUACGACUUAGAUUUCGAACCCGAAAAUCAAGAUGGCGGGCGGAGAGCUACGCCGCAGCUACACCCAGAUGGACUUCUCCCUCAACAGAGUGAACAUCAGACACCCGAUGCCGCAGUUCUUCCACCAACAGCCCAACUUGCAGAUCCGAGAUCCAAGAAGACGGUUCAGUCAUAUGCCUAGUAACAAGAAACACCCCACCCUGGAAGUGUAUCGGCCCCCAAGUGUGCGCCACGAGGGAAUGGGGAUGGGGCAAAAAUCCCUUAACGUCCACGCUCCCGAGUUCACUAUGAACAGGGUCCAGCCUUCGAGAUCUACAUCGAGCGUGAUGAUGAACGGGUACGGCAUGAUGGCGGGGCCGAGCUAUGGAGGGAAGAGCCCCAUGAUGAUGCCUCUGCAGCAAUCCAAAUCUAGUGGUAAUGUGCUGCAUGUUGUCCAGCCAAGCCCCAUCACAGCAAACAACAUACAACCGCUGACGGCGACACCGCGAGCGGUUCAUUUUCAAGAGCCCCCCGUCAAGCACAAGAGCCCCGGCACAGGUCUGAAGCGCAGCAAGUCCCUCAGUGCUACCGACACACUGCGGGGCUCCUCCCCCACCAGUAGCACUAUUGGCGGAGGUGACCUAGGAAUGGGGACGUUUACUGAAGAUAUUAGGAAGGAUCUCUAUCAAGCGAUCAAGGAUCCCAACGAGAUGUUGGCACGAUCCCUCAUGUCGCUGGCUAACGUGAUAGUGGAGCGAGCCUUGAGUGACCGUAACUACGCCGUGCACGCCGCUAAGGUCUGCAUCAAUGUCAUUGAGAAAGAGAAGAAAGGGACUUUUCUAGAGUCGUUGAUGAACACUUGUCAGCUCUCGUUCCAAGAGCGAGACAAGUUGUUGCGUUCCCCGACCGGCGGUCGCUACCGAUGCUACAUGAACUUCCUCGACGAAAUGUAUGUCCAGUUGAAGAGGAGUACCGCGCAACUUAAGACUCACUACGACGGAUUCCCACCCCAUAAGCUUCUGUUGAACCUGCUGUCCAAAAGUUUCAUUGACAUUCUACAGUCCAAGCCGAUCAUCAGACUCGAGGUUGACUGCAUGUAUUUUAUACUGGUGUCUAUCGGAAAGGACAUCGAACAAACUUUUCCCCAAGAGAUGGACCAACUAUUUUGCAUCAUGCGAGAUGUUUUCCUCACAAACAAGGUGGAUAAGUUGUUGAAGCCUACUCUUCUCCAGUUGAUUGAACUACGAGCGUCUGAGUGGAAGUUACCGUCCGAAGCUAUGGUCUACUACUGCCCUGGGCUUUGUUGAACUCUCAACAAGGCAAGGUUUCAAAACGGUCCAAAUUGACAUGGUUUAAAGAGUUUGUUAUGUGGUUUUGCUUAUGUAAUUUUAUUUUGUAUGUACAUUUACAUACUUAUUGGCCUUUCGAGUAAAACGUGUCUAAAUUAAAACUAAAAUCAAUUAUCAGUUGAGGAAGUUAACGAAACCUGAAACCUUGCCGUGUUUAACCUAUCCAGUUUUAUCAUUAAUGUUACCCUGUUUAAGGAUUUACUAACAGUGACUACCUAGUCCAAUGUUGAUAGCUAAAGUGUUUAGAUACUGUUAGUGUUUUGUAUGACUAAUUUAAAUGUAAAUAUUGUUAUGUAAGAGAUUUUGCGCAGCAAAAUAUCGUAAGACUGCUUAUCGAAUAGUGUACGAUGACUUAGCACCUUGGAGUUUUGUUUUAACUUUUAACUAAUUUAUGAUCCGGAAGUUUCAUCCAGUGAUUUUAGUUUUGAAUCGCACUGGAAAAACAUUCCUUGUAGGGAGAAACAAUAACUAUGAAAGCUAACCAGUGUGACUUAAUUAGACUAAAGCUAUGUAAAGUUAAGUAACUUUGAGUAUUGGAUAUGUUUGCUUUUUCACUCGGAACGCUAAAAUACUCAUGUUUAAUUUAUUCCUAUGAAUAGUUAGUUUUGUGAGACCAUCUUAUUCUGUUUAAGUUAUGAAAGUGUGUGUUAUGAGGAUGAAUUUGUGUGUGAUGUGAUAUUGUUUUCUGUUUUUUACUCGGAGGUGUGACUAUUUUAGAAUUAGUUAAGUUGUUAGGAACUUUGGCUCAGCUGAGAGACAAUGUGCCAUUUCUAGUGCCUUAUUUUGUGGCAUUUUUAAGGCAGACAAGCCUAAAUAGUUGUGCCAAAGAUGUGGCCAAAUGUAUUUAUGAUGUGAUUAAAUUAUAACAUGUUUAAUAAUA